AUGCUGCGCCUCCUCGCGACGCUCGCCGCGGCGUCUGCACAAAACGCCAAACUAGUGAUCGUCGCGCAGUUCAAGAACGAGGCCGAAAGCCUCCCGCAAUGGCUUGACCACUACUUGACGGACGAGGGCGUCGCCGCGAUGCUACUCGUCGACGACAACUCGACGGAUAGCUGGCGACAAGCCGUCGAGCCCUACGGUGCGCGCGUGCGCGUCCGCAGCGGACACGCGCAUAGGCAAGUCGAGAACUACAACCUAUGGCUGCCGACGCUUAGAAGUGAAUACUCAGAUGACUGGGUCCUCAUCGUCGACGUCGACGAGUACGCGUACGCGCGCCGAGACACGCUCGCCGAUGCCGUCCGGGCGAUUCUGGACCCGGGCCCGGCAGACUCCGUUCUCGUGGCCUGGAAGCAGUUCGGUAGCGCGGGACACCGGCGGCAGCCAAAAAACGGGACGGUCUGCGGCUUUACCACGCGACGGCGCUAUGGCGGCCGGCCGUACAACCCGCCCUUGCGAGGGUUCGGACUCGGAGUCGGCAAGGCGUUCGCGCGCAUCAGAGCGCUGGAGAGUCUGGGCGUCCAUCGCCACCGCAUGAGGAAUCAGCCGAUGCUGCCCGUGCGCGACCGGAAUCAAACCGAAGCGUCGCUCGCGUCAGCGGCGUUCGCCUUGAAUCACUACCCCAUGCAGAGUCGCGACUGGUUCCAACGGACGAAGAUGCGUAGGGGUGACGCGCGGUCGAAACGGGGCGGACGAGGCAAGCGGACGCUGCAUCACCACCGAGCAUUCAAUAAGAUGGUAGAGCUCGACGCCGUCGACGACUCCGAGCUAGGAGGCCGUCGCGGUCGCGGUCGAGGCGUGCGCCGAGGACACGAAGGGCCAGACGUGCUACAUCUGCACGCAGGCCCUCCACUGGAAAACAAAGGAGGGCCUCGUGCGCGGGUAUGCGUGCCGCGGAACGGCGGGCUUUGCCCACGUGUCGUGCCUGGCGGAGCAGGCGAAGAUUUUGCUCGCGGAGGCCGAGGAGAAUAAUUUGGAUGACGAAAGGAUGGUAACGAGGUGGAGGCGGUGGUAUGCGUGUAGCUUGUGUGAGCAGAAGUACCACGGCGUCGUUCGGUGCGCGCUCGGGUGGGCGUGCUGGAAGACAUAUUUGGGGCGGCCGGAGACAGACCGGGCUCGGAUCUUUGCGAUAAGCCAGCUUGGGAACGGCUUAUCUGAAGCAAAUCAACACGAGGACGCGUUGUCCGUGAAAGAGACAGAGUUGGCUAUUCUGCGGCGUGUUGGCGCAUCGGAAGAACGCAUGCUCGACGCGCAGGGCAAUAUUGCGAACUCGUAUCAUAGACUUGGACGGCUUGAAGAGACCUUGCGCAUGCGGCAAGAGGUAUACUCUGGAUAUUUGGAGCUCAAGGGCGGAGAAGAUGAGGGGACCCUCUGGGCAGCCUUCAACUACGCGCUGAAUCUAAAAGGACUACAUCGCUUCGAAGAAGUCAAGCCGCUGCUGCGCAGAACGCUACCCGUUAUGCGACGCGUUCUCGGCGAGAAUGAUAGAAUCACGCUCAAGAUGCGGUGGAUUUACGCGGUGGCGCUCUGCCUCGACACCAGCGCCACGUUCGACGAUCUCCGCGAGGCCAUGACGAUGCUCGAGGAAACGGAACGGAUCGCGCGGCGCGUUUUUGGCGGCGCGCACCCGCUCACAGUAAAGAUGGAGAGCGAUUUGCGAGCUGCGCGAGCCGCGCUCGCCCGCGAGACGCCCUAAUAGACCAAUAAUUUAGUAAAAACAC